GACUGUUCUGAAGUCGGAAAAGAAGUGGACGUUCACCCGACACAAGAAUGGGGGGCAAAAAUAAACAGAGAACGAAAGGAAAUGUUCGGCCCUCUAGCAGCGGCAGAGCUGCUGAUCUAUUGGCCCGGGAGAGUGGUGUUGUUCCCGGGUUUGUGGGAUUCGGUGUCUCAACCUCUAAUGAUCUAGGAUAUGUACCUGCAGUACAGGGAGCGGAGGAGAUAGACAAUCUAGUGGACGCAGACUUCCGCAUGGUUCUGCGGAAAUUGUCCAAAAGAGAUUCAGUCACAAAAUUGAAGGCAGUACAAGAGUUUGGAGCAAUGUGUCAAGAGCGACAACCUGAUGUUGUAAAAGGUGUUCUGCCAUACUGGCCUCGGAUAUACUGCCGAAUAUCGAUGGACCACGAUCGCCGUGUGCGAGAGGCCACACAACAGGCCUUUGAGCAGCUGGUUUUAAAAGUCAAGAGGAAUCUGGCCCCCUACCUGAAGAGCAUCAUGGGUCACUGGCUCAUCUCUCAGUGUGACACAUACUCUCCUGCUGCCUCUGCCGCCAGCGCUGCUUUUCAGGCUGCUUUCCCCCUCAAUAAACAAACAGAGGCCAUCAGCUUCUGUAAAGAAGAAGUCCUCAAUGUUCUCCAAGACAAUUUGCUGAAAGAAACAGCCGACACUCUAAGUGACCCUAAAAGUGUGCCAGGAGAGGAGCGAGAGGCUAAGUAUAUUCGGCUGUUGACUAGUUCUCUGCUGGCCCUGAAGAGACUGCUAAGUGCUUUAUCUGAGAAAGACAGAGAACAGAUAAAGGAUGGACUUUCCCAGCUCAUCACACAGGCCAAAUUCUGGAAGUACAGCAAACACAAGACCCCACAGAUUCGAGGGGCGUUCUUUGAGCUGAUUGCCACCAUGUGUGAGCGCACACCUCAGCUGAUCCAGGCAGAAGCGGCGCGAGCGUGUUCUGCUGUGCUGCUCUCUAUUGAUGACACAGACCCAAUGGUGCUGCCGCCUCUUUGGGAGGCCGUCCUCCAUAUCAUGUCCUGCGUUGAUAACUGUUGGAUGCAUGUCAGUGCUAAGAAGGGUGUGAUGCCCAAGCUCUGGGUGCUUCUUAAAGAAGGAGCUCGAGGUCUUGCAACAUCUCUGCAUCCAAACCUGCUCCCGUUCAUAAGCAAACUGCCAGCAGAGGUCAAACAGCCUGACCUGGAGUUCUCUAGGACAUUCCUCACCUCCAUCAUUGAGGGAUUGUCGAGCGAUCGUGCCUCAUCCAGUCCCUCAGAGAGUGCAGCCAUCAUUGAUUCCACAAUGGAGUGUCUUCGCUUUAUCAUCCUGCAGAACGCCGGAGAUGAGCAGGAACAGAGAAACAUCCAGAACAUGCUGAUCUCAGAGCAGCUCCUUCCUCUGAUUGACAGAGCUCUGAAAACCCCAGCGCUGCAGUCGGGCCCUCUGUUCCCUCAGCUCUCAGAUAUGCUGCUGUCCUGGGAAAAGCGGGCGGCAGGAAAAGAUUCCUCCACUUUUCAAAGACUGCUGUCAGAUUUCUGGGAAGGUCUGAGUCGCUUGUGCACAGCUUACGUGGACUGUGAGGAGUCUGAAAGAACCGAUCUUGAGGGCAUUGCGUUGCUUCUGCAGAUUAUGCAGAAUCCAAACAAUGUCGGUAAACAGACCAAGAAGAAGAAAAGUGUGAAAAUUUGCUUCGCAGACCAUGAAGAAAGAGGCCAGGGGGAUGAACCUCCAAGGCAAGCUCCAGUGGUGGAGGAGCAGGACUGUCCCUUGAGAAAUGGACACCUGCUGGAUUUAGUUUGCAAGCUGGCGGAGCUCAACAUGGUGUACGUGAGCGAGCGCGAGUCGGAAAGGCACCUGAGGUUUUUGUCUCAGCUGCUCGGGGCAUUUCCCAGACCUCAGGUGUUCCAGGUGUUGCUGCGGCCCGAGGAAAUGAAGCCUGAAAUGGGGUCAGAGCUCCGGCCGCUCGCUGAGAACGCAGCUGUCCGCUUUCUCCUGCAGAGAGUGGCUGUGUGGUUAAAACAGGAGGACAGGAAGGAGACAGAUUUCCUGGUGGACAUGGUUUUCAGUUCCCUGCAGUGCUGCAGCUCUGGUUCUGACAAGACACUCAUCCUCAACCAAAUCAGCAAGGAUCUGAGUUGGAGUGUGACUCGUCAGCUAAUUGAAAAGGCAUGUUCAGACCCUGUCCGUCUGGAGGUGUGUGUGGGCUGGAUGAGGGGUUCAGUGUUGGGAGAGAGGCUGGUGGGUCUUGCUGGAGAUUUGUGUGCGUUGGGUUUGUGUGGGUCUCCUCCAUCAUCCUCCCGUCAUGCACAUGGCUGGCCUCUCAUAAGCCUCGCUCUGUCACAGCAGCACAAUAAUGAGCCUCUUAUUGGCAAGGUGUAUGUCGAGCAGAUCAUCGACAAGCUUCAUGCCACCCUGUCAGAAGCAAAGGGCAUGUCUGACGCUGGAAACUUAGAGCCACUGGUCACUUUCAUCUCUGAUGUUGCUGCCACUUUCUUUUCAUCUGUGAAGGGCUGUCUCCUGCUGACGUCUGCCGAGGAGCUGCUCAUGACUGUUUUCCAGCUCUGUGCACAGGACCAAACUGUCACUCAUCUCUCAGAUGCUCUUCUCCUGAAGCUCCAGCACGCAUACAUUGCUGGCAUUCAGUCGCUGAUCAGUUUCCUGGGCACAGGAGUCACGAAGGGCACUCUCCUCCAUAACAUUGCUCUCUGGGUUAAAAGUCAACUGCUCACUACACCACUGACGGUCAAAAGUCUGCAGGUUUUGGUACAGGCUGUGGAGAGUCUGGCUCAAACCAUUGCCUCGGCCCAGAACACCAGCUGUCUUCUUUCUCAGUUUAUAUGCUGUCUUACUCCUACUGAAGAGGAAUGGAGCCGCAUUAGACAAGCGCUGUCACCUCAGUGGUUGAGAAAUCCUCUACUGUGUGGUCGUCUCAGAGUCACUGGCCAAAACCACUCCAUGGAUGUGUGGAGGUGCAGGGCAUCAAACCGGCUGCCCGCACACCUGUGUGUAAGUGCUUUACUGGGCAGAGUCAUCUUCUCUGCAGCUUCAGCUUCACCUGAUGACCAGCAGGUGGAGGCAGACCUCUCCGAAAUACCUGAUCUCAAACACAUAGUUUCAGAGAUUUUCUAUGGCCUUCAGUGGUGUGAAGAAAUGGAGUUUUCACCCCUCAUGGUGUCUGAAUAUCAUAAAUGGCUGCAGUCCUGGAGUUUAGAACAGAAAAUACACAAUAACAGUCUGAUCAAAACCACUCUUACAGAAACACUUUUCACAAGAUCACAACAAGAUGGAACUCUCUGGUCACUAUGUUUGGCGAAAUACUUGCAACACAAUAAAACGGACCCAAGUGAUAUCAAGAGCUUAUAUGGAAAUGUUGAAAGUUUCUUUCCCCUCUCAGAGCACAGUGUGAAUACUCUGCAGGUGCUCUGUCCGUUUCUAGCCAGUGAAGACAGAGAAUCCCUCAUCGCCUUGUGUGUCGCAGAGCUGCUCAAUUGGCAGGACCGAGAGCACGACUGCAGUGAUGGUGUGUUGUGCUGUCUGGCGGUGUUGCUGUGCUGCCUGCAGGCCGAUGCUGCUGUGGAGGAUGAGAUUCUGCUGGCUGUCGUCAGCACGAUCGCUGAAUGGAGGAACAGUAGAGAGGAGUGGUUCCUCUUCAACAGUGACCUUGAAAAGGCAUCCGAUUCAAGGCUGUUUCUGGCUGUAGAGAUGAUGCGUUUUCUGUGCUGGCUGGUGGAUCGCUCUCCUGCAGUGUUGGGAAACACUCAUUGGGAUCUCCUGCUCUGCUCCAUGCUGGCCUGGCUGGAGAUUGCCAGUGAAAACAGCACUGUGUUCUGGAAUCCUUGGGUGCAGCUGUUUGUGUGCACAAACUGUGAGUUGAUUGUGAGACUGAGUGAGUUUUUCGCAUCGCCUCCUGCUGGUGUGGUGGAGCAGCUUCCAGCAGACCUGAGCUCAGAGUGGAAGGAGUUCUUUCAGGAGGGGAUUCACAACCUUCUGCUCCCGCUGCUCAUUAAGAUUCCUAUGGACUUUCCGGAUCCAGAUGACCCUGUGUUCCCCCUGCCAGUGUUGAGGGCGGUGGGGGAGGCUCUCACCUACAUCCCCGUGGAGCUGCUCACUCAGAAUAAACUCCCUCCUCGCUUUGUAGCCGACCAGAAGAGUAGCCUGUCUGAGCCCCUGCAGACCCUUCUGAACAGCCUCUCACCCCUGCUGCUCUUCAGAGCCCGACCACUGCAGCUCGCCGUCUACCACAUCCUGAACAAGGUGAUGCCUUUGUUGCCAGAGAGCGACAGUGAAAGCGCCAGCGCUAAAUCUGAGGAUGAGGAUGGAGAAGAACCGUGCUUGUCUCCUCCGGCAGCAUUGAUGAGCAUCCUCUCCACCACAGAAGAGCUGCUGGAGAAUAUUCUAGGUGCUGUACAAGUGGGCGAGUUUGCAGUAGUGCAGCCGCUCAGCAUGGAGCACUGCUGCAUUCUGGGAUACCUUCUGUCCUGGAAACUCCUCCUCGCCUUUUUCAAGGCUUCUUCUUCUCAUCUGCGAGCUCAGUACUCUCUGCAUUUGAAGAAGAGCCGUUCUCUUCAUAAGCUCCUGCUCCAUCUGUUUCGUCUGAUGCCAGAGAAUCCGUUCAUGCCGGGACAAUCAGCAGAGCCCAAAACCUUCUUCACAGAGAGUUUGUCUCUCUCUCCUGGAAAAACUGAUAAUCUACAGUUUGAGGUUUCUCAUCUGGCCUGCUCUGUCUACUAUGGUGCGUUGAAAGACCUGCCUGCAAUGGUGCGUCUGUGGUGGAACAGCCAAGAGAAACGCAUCUUCAGCAUAGUGGACAAAUUCACCAGCAAGUACGUCAGCGGCAUUUUGUCCGCACAGGAGAUCAGCUCAGUGCAGUCUAGCACCGUGACCUUUGAGAACAUGAUGGUGAAAGCGCGUUCAGCAACGCGGGAGGUGAUUGCGACGUACUCUGUGGAGGAUGUUUUCAUUGAGCUGGUGAUUCAGCUGCCGCAGAACUAUCCUCUGGGCUCUAUCUCAGUGGACAGUGGGCGGAGAGUGGGCGUGGCUGUUCAGCAGUGGCGCAAUUGGAUGCUGCAGCUCAGCACAUACCUCACUCACCAGAAUGGUAGCAUUCUGGAGGGUCUGUCGCUGUGGAAGAACAAUGUUGACAAGCGUUUUGAGGGGGUGGAGGACUGUAUGAUCUGCUUCUCUGUCAUUCAUGGAUCCAAUUACUCGCUGCCAAAGAAAGCUUGCCGUACCUGCAAAAAGAAGUUCCACUCCGCCUGUCUAUACAAAUGGUUCACGUCUAGCAACAAAUCCACGUGUCCUCUUUGCCGAGAGACUUUCUUCUGAGCUCUGUCUCCAUGGACACCGAUAAUAGGUGAAUGACGUCCUCCGCGAACAGCUGACUCGGAGAGAAACGCUCGGGUGGUUUGUUUGUACAUAUUGGUUUUGCUGCGCUGCAAAUUACUGUGGCCUUUUAGUUUUGAACUCUGAAGUAUUCAACAACUCUACAAACAAUGAAACAAAUAAACAGUCUGGUUUUCAGAAAACGCAGCACCCAACUGGAGGAAAGGCAUCUUGGCAGGAGAAUGAAGACUGAAUAAGCCACUGCAUUAAUGACCUUAAAGGAAUAGUUCAUCCUGAAAUUGACAUUUUGUCAUUAUUUACUCAUCCUCAUGUCAUUCCAAACCAGUUUCAUGUUAUUUUUAUCAGGUACAGCAACAGAAUUUUGAAGAAUCUUGACAUUUCUCCACAACACCAUUUGUCAAGCUUCAAAAAACAUUGAAAAAACAAUCAUAAAAGUAAAGGGUAAGAAAUGUACGUGAUUUGUCAUGGCUUGCUAUUUUCUCAAGACAUUUUUUAAAACCAAAAUUACUCUCAGAAUACUAGGAAUGUUCAUUUUUGAGUGUUUAAAUUAUAUUUAAAUCAACUAAAAAUGAAAAAAUUUCCACUCUGAUUUCUUUCCAAACCCCUUAAGACUCAUUCAACUUCAUUCAUCUUUGGAACACAAAUAAAGAUAUUAGUAUCUCUUUAUUUUGAGGGUCCCUUUGUUGAAUUUAAGUUAUUAAGUCAUUGCAUCUACAUGCCAACUAAUUCUCAUUAGAUUAUGAGUAGACUGUUAGGUUGGGGUUAGAGUUAGUGCAGGGGUUCCCAAACUCAGUCCUGGAGGGCCAGUGUCCUGCAUAGUUUAGCUCCAACUGCCCAGAAAUUUUGAGUAUAUCAAGAAAGAGCUUGAUUAGCUGGGGAUAAUAGGGGUUGGGACCAACAUAUGCAGUACACCGGCCCUCCAGGACUGAGUUUGGACACCUCUGGGUUAGUGUAAGUUUCUUAUAGUCAGUUAAAUAUCUGUUGACGGAGCAGUAUCAGCCGAUAUUAAGCAGACAGUCUACUAAUGCUCAAAAUGAGAAGUAAUUGGCAUGUAGUAGCAAUGCAACUUUUAGUCAACAAAAUUGGGGACCAUCGAAAUAAAGUGUUAUCAAGAUAUUUUAGAUUAAAACCUGAGAUCUCUCUUUUCCUUCAUAGACAGCAAUGGUCCAAAGACGUUCAAAGUCCAGAAUAGGAACCAAAAACAUUGACAAAACAUUUCACCUGACUUCAGUGCUUCAACUGUAAUCAUACAAAGCUCCAAGAACACGUUUGUGUGACAAAAAAAUUGCAAGCAAGCAUUGUAGUAAACUCGAACCAAGAUCACAUUGGCACACAUAAGUAUUUUUGGACGAUAUUUAAAAUCUAGUUGAACCACUAAAUGGACAGAAUGUUUUUGGUUCCUUAACUGGACUUUAAUCCCAUGACCGUCUGGAGAAUGAAAGAGCUCCAGGAUUUCAUCUAAAAUAUCUUUAUUUGUGUUCUGAAGUUGAACGAAGGCCUCAGAGUAUUGGAAUAACAUGAGGGUGAGUAAUUAAUAAUAGCAUAAUUCUUUUUUUUGGGGGUGAACUAACUCUGAACUGACUUUAAUUGUCAGAGGUGAGUCGAUGGUUCAUCACAUAUAAGGUUGCAUAAAUUUUUCAUUCACAUGCAGAUUGAUUUAUGGGGAAAUCUAACAGCUCAUCUGACAUGGAAAGUAAUUAAUAAAUAAAUAAAUGUGGGACCAUAUGAAUGAGCUGUGUAGAAAUAAUAGACAGAAUUCUGGCUUUUAAUCCCAGUUUGAUGAUAUUUUGCAUAAUGACACACAGUGCUGUAUGCAGCAGAGUUUUCUGCUUGCUUUGAUCUUUAGUUGUCAUGGGUUGUGUAAUAUGACUCAGUCUGUGCUGGUGAAAUACAGAUGUUUAUCGUACUUUCA